ACCUUGCAGUUCCCCGGGCGAACGUCGCCAUAUUCAUGUAGUCAAAAUUUAAAGUGCAACUCACAAAACCCAGAAAACUCACUCGACCAGCGUGCGUUCGCCAGCAUCACCGUGGCUCACACCAACUGCUGUCGACCGCCGUGUCAGCCACCAUACCGAGGCCUGCCACUCGACUGCUGCGUGCGCUGCAGACGCGUCGUCUACCUCAGCGAACGCAAAGAAUUCAACUCCUGCGUCUGGCAUACGUUCUGCUUCAGCUGCUUAAAGUGCCGUCGCUUACUGGACAGCUGCUCAGCCAACACGCACAAAGGCGAAGUCUACUGCAACUCCUGCUACGAAGCAGUAACAACCUGCCCGAAGUGCCAACCCUGCCGCUCCCCGAUCGAACCAUUCUGCACCAACCCCUGCGACUUACCAGAAUUCUGCUGUGACGAACUCCACCACCAGCAGCAUCACGGCCCACGCUGCACGGAAUGCCCAUCUGGCGGCCUGAACAAAAAAUGCAAUAGUGGCGGCAACAAACCCUGCGGUGGAGGCGGCGGCGGCGGCUAUAAAACCCCCUGCGCACCAAAACCCAGUUGUCCUAGAGGCGCUUCGAAUCCUUGCAGUAGCGGCAAUCGAAGCUGUGGUAAACCACAAAACAACUGCACAUCCCCAUCACGUAGAAGUAAGUGUGGCGGUUGCGGGAGCACAACUAAAGGCGCUUGUAACUGUUACCCAGGCAGCCCGCCGCGUCGCGAAGCGGUGUGCACGCCGUGCCCGCCGGACCCGUGCGGCCCCGGCCCGCCGAACUGCAACGACGACGUCUGCAUCCCGUGCUGCUGUUUGCUUCCCUGCAAACCGUGCAACAAUCCGUGCUGUGGCUGUUGUUGCAAACCAAGACCCACCUGCUGUUGUCCACCGACAAGGCAUUAUAAAUUACGACCGGCAAGGCCGUUGAGAUACGUCCCGCCGAGGAACGCUUGUUUGGAUGAGUGUGAUAUACCAACUGGCAAGCAUUGACGGAAAUCUUGGUAGAUGUUAGGUGGACACGGGCACAGGCCGCCAUUUUGUGUGACCCAGCGCAACGGGCGCGUUUGCGCAGCGCCAACACCACGCGACACCAAUAAUUAUUAUAAUCGACAUCAUAAACGAGACGAUCACGAUCCGUCGAGGUGUAAAGGCAGUUGUUACUGUCCCGAAGAUUGCCACUGCUUAAAACGCACAAUGAACGGGCGUUAUAUCGAAUCACUCGCCUGUGAAGAUGAAGAACCAAAAUGUUGCUGCUGUGGAUCCGGUGGUGGCGGUGGUGGCGCUAGUUGUCCCCCACGUCCAAACUGUCGCCCUGCCGUGGGUCCAUGCAGUGGUGGUCGCACAUCAAAGCGAAGAUCAUGCUUACCUCGACCACGAUGUGAAUGCGGUGGUGGUGCACCAACCAGAGAAGUAAGAUGUCCGCCGCCGAAGACAUGCGCACUGUGCAGUCGUUGCGAUGAUGAUGACGAUAACGGCUGCCCGCCGUGCUGUCCGCCGUACAGUCCGCCGCGUCGAAAGCCAAUUUGCUAUCCGCCGAUUAAGUGUUGCGAGACGAACGAGUGUGGGCAAUCACCAACGGAGCGCAUUUGUUACAGCCCCGGCGUGACGCCGCGCAACCCUCGCUAUUGCUCGUGCGGACUGGCGAAUCCGUGCGAUUGCGACCUUGAGACGCGCCGGCGUGCUGCCAUCUGCGAAAUGUCGCCGUGCUGUCGUCGCUGUGGCCGCAAAGUGUACGCUGCGGAGAAGAUCUGCGCUGCUAAUGGUGCUUUUCACAGUUCUUGCUUCAGCUGUUAUUGUUGCCAUAAACCUUUAGAAGUCACCAAUGUGUAUGAGAAUCAAGGCGAGAUCUACUGCAAGCAGUGUUACACAAGAUACUUCGGAGUCUCCGGUUACGGAUAUGGCAGUACGCUUCAGUCCGUACUUUAACACGUUUCCAAAUUAAAUGCAUAUGUUUCCAGGUAAGUGCGCGUGCAAGGAGUGCGUUAACAAUUGUUGACCACCGCAAGCUGGACGCGAAGCAAGAUGGCGCGCGCGCGCGGAUGGUUGCAGUCACUUCGAACACGUUUGCGCGCGAGAAUAUCCGGGAAUAAUAAAUCUAAGUGACGUCAAACUUGACAUUAUUGAA